GGACGGUGGGAACCUGUGAUGUGAAUAUCAGAGGGCUUCCAACACAUUUAACACAGUAAUACCUACAGCUGGUCAUUCAUUUCCCCCUGCUAAAUGAAGGAGGGUGACGGCUCUUCUGCUUUGGGUGACGCUUUAUGAGAGAAAGCUAAAGGUCCUAGGUGCAGCCAUGCCCGUCUCACUGCUGUGGGCGGUGGAUGUGUACGGGCGGGUCUACAGCCUAUCUACGGCAGGGCAGCAAUGGGAGCAAUGCCGCGACGCCCAAAUGGAGAUCAAACGGGUGACAGCAGUUCAGCAGUGCUGCUGGGGCAUCGCCUGUGACAACAGCAUAUACCUAAACGUCCAUGCUUCCGACCUGCCUGUCCGCUACCAGGAGGAGACCUAUGAAAAUCAAAGGUGGAAUCCAGUGGAUGGCUUCUCAGAUCGCUUGUUGCCAAGUGACCGCUGGCAGUGGAGUGAUAUUACAGGUCUGCAACACCAGCCUCUGGACAGUUUUCAACUUCCCUCCAGCAGUUGGGAGUGGGAAGGCGACUGGUAUGUGGAUGAAAACUUUGAGGGAGAACCCACAGAGAAAGAGGGAUGGACCUAUGCCAUUGACUUUCCUGCUAAUUACACGAAAGACAAGAGGUGGAACUCAUGUGUCCGUCGCAGGCGUUGGUUGCGCUACAGGAGGUACAAAGCCAUGGACACCUGGGCUAAGAUCCCUUCACAGCAGACGACUCUCCCAGAUCCCUUUAGUGACAUCAGCUGUGGAGGUUGGGAGAUCAGUGAGGAGCCGAGGGGCCGCCUGUCACUGUGGGCUGUGUCUCUGCAGGGCAAGGUGUGGUUCAGAGACGGAAUCUACCACCACAAUCCUGAGGGCUCUUUGUGGGAGGAGGUGCCUCUCCCUGGGGAGGUGGUCCAGAUCAGCUGUGGCCCAGGGGACCUGGUCUGGGCGGUGCUAUGGGAAGGACAGCUCAUUGUAAGGGAAGGCAUCAGCCGGGACUGCCCCAAAGGUACCUCAUGGGCAGUAGUGGAGUCUCCCAGCCCUGAUGUGGGAGCCACACAUGUAGCUGUGGGAGUCAGUGUUGUUUGGGCAGUGACCAAGGACAGCAAAGUGUGGUUCAGGCGCGGGGUGAACUCCCAUAACCCCUGUGGCUCCGGCUGGAUCAGCAUGGUUGGAGAAAUGAUCAUGAUCAACGUAGGACUCAAUGACCAGGUCUGGGGUAUCAGCAGUGAGGACCGGGGAGUGUAUUUCCGACAAGGUGUCACCUCAAGUGAACUAAGUGGGAAAACUUGGAAGGCCAUCAGUGUCCCCCGAGACGGAGAUCGAUCCCACUCCAGCGCUAGUGCAAGCAGUUUGCAGAGCGCUGGAUGUUUCUUCUGUGGUGAAGUACGAGCUCAGUCAGUGGUGAGUGAUGUCGAAUCAGACACAGAGAAAGGAUCUGCAGAUGGAGCCAGCUGCCUGGUCACCUCUGCCUCCCCAGAGUCCUUUGUUGAUGCUCCGUCAGACCCCUCUGAUCCUGCCCCUGACCCUCCAAAGCCUCGUAUCCCUAAAGUCACCAGCGACAGCUUCAUCUCUGAACUGGUCUCUGACAGAGAACCAGGAAAGCCCUCUAAAGAGGUUGCCCCUCCUGCUGUUGUGGAGGAGGAGUCCACAGCAGGUGAAGGAGGAGUUAGAUCCUCCUCUGCAGGUGGAGUUCUGUCUCCAAGUCAGUCCGGCGCACCACUUGAGUGGAGUAAUGUGGACCUGGAGGAGGCUCAGGGCCAGCAGGUCCCAGCUGGAGCAGUGCAGGACUCAACUGACACCUGUAGUCUCUCAUCAGUGGCCACUUACACCCUAGCCAUGGAGGAUCCGUAUGGGGCAGAUGAGCACCCUCUGUGGGCAUGGGUCAGUGGAGGAGGCUGCAAUGUGGACAGUCACUAUCAACUCAACUGGUUCAACUGCUCCUUGAACAUGUCUUCAAUGGCCCAGUCAGUCCAGUCUAUGAGCCUGUCUGUCACCCCAGCCCAGACAGCAGCCUGGCGGAAACAAAUCUUUGAGCAGCUCAGUGAAAGGACAAAAAGAGAGAUGGAUAAUUUCAGACAUUAUGAACAAGCCAUAGAACAGUCUGUGUGGGUGAAGAAAGGAACCAUGCAGUGGUGGAGAGACUGGAAGCCUCACAAGUGGAUCGAUGUUCAUUUUGCCUUGGAGCAAUUCUCAGGACCAGAGGGCAACAAGGAUGGCAUCCUUUUCAUUUAUUACAACUUUUAUGAAGAAAAAAAGUACCUGCACGCCUUUAUCAAUGAGGUCACCAUCCUGGUUCCGGUGCUCAAUGACUCCAAACACACCUUUGCCAUCUACACUCCAGAGCGAACCAAACAGAGGUGGCCAAUCAGAUUAGCGGCAGCCACAGAACUGGAGAUGCAUGACUGGCUGGCAUUGCUGAGUGUGUCGUGCUGUGACUCCAGGGGAAUUCAUGGACCUCCCUCCAAGCAGGCCAUCUGGUCUACCACCUGCAAAGGGGACAUCUUUGUCAGUGAGCCCUCUCCUGCACUGGAGGCCAUGCCAUACCCCACACCAUCUGACCAAAUGUUCUGGCGACAGGUUGGAGGUCAUCUGCGUGUGGUGGAGUGCAACAGUGUUGGCAUUGUGUGGGGGAUUGGCUACGACCACAUUGCCUGGGCCUACACAGGGGGCUAUGGAGGGGGCUUCUUUCAGGGACUGGCCAGCAGUACAGAUAACAUUUACACACAAACUGAUGUCAAGAGCGUCUACAUCUAUGAGAACCAGAGGUGGAACCCAGUCACUGGCUACACCAACAGAGGUCUGCCCACAGACCGCUACAUGUGGAGUGAUGCAUCAGGACUACAUGAGUGCACAAAAACAAAUACCAAACCCCCCUCACCUCAGUGGACAUGGGUGUCGGACUGGGUCAUCGACUACAGCGUCUCAGGAGGGACAGACAGAGAAGGCUGGCAAUAUGCAGCUGAUUUUCCAGCGUCAUACCAUGGACAUAAAACGAUGAAGGAUUUUGUGCGUCGCAGGCGAUGGGCCAGGAAGUGCAAACUGACGACAACAGGACCCUGGCAAGAAAUCCCACCCAUUCCACUGAGUGACGUAACCAUUCUCCCCUGUGCUGCUCAGAGCAGCAUGGAGGUGGUCCCUCUGUGGGCGAUCAGCAACAAGGGAGAUGUGCUGUGUCGACUGGGAGUCACUGCACUGACACCUGCUGGAUCCUCGUGGCUCCAUGUGGGAACUGACCAGCCUUUCAAAUCCAUCUCUAUUGGAGCUGCCAGACAGGUCUGGGCCAUUGCCAGGGAUGGCUCUGCUUUCUACAGGGGAUCUGUCUCAGAAGAGAACCCAGCAGGAGACUGUUGGUACCACAUCCCUUCUCCAUCUAAACAAAAGCUAAAGCAGGUGUCUGUCGGGAGAACGUCAGUCUACACUGUCGAUGAAAAUGGUAACCUGUGGUAUCGGCAGGGUGUGGCCCCCAGCUACCCUCAGGGCUCCUCCUGGGAACACAUCUCUAACAAUGUGCGCAAAGUGUCUGUAGGGCCUCUGGACCAGGUGUGGAUCAUAGCAGAUAAGGUGCAGGGCAGCCACAGUCUGAGCUGUGGGACAGUUUGUCAUCGACUCGGAGUCCAACCCAUGGAGCCCAAAGGACAGUCAUGGGACUACGGCAUUGGGGGUGGAUGGGACCAUAUUACAGUGAGAGGGAACUCCAUGGAGCCGCCCCGCAUCCGUCUUCCUUCUCUAACAGACCCACUCCCAGCCCUUCAAAGCCCCAUCUCUGUCAGGAACACAGAGGUCAAUGGCAACCCUGUGGGAUGUUAAACACAUGACGGGUGCACCCAUGCUUUGUGUUGUUUUUAUAUGUGCAGUGUAUCAGUAGAGGCACACAUGAAGCCAUCGUCCACAGUAAACCUGUUCAAAUUCUCCUCCUUUUAAAAUCAGUGUGAAUUCAACUCCAGAAAACAGUCUUAAGUUUUCACAUCUCAAGUAAAUGGAGAUAAUAACACAAUCAGAAGGAUCUCUGAUGUUACAUCCUUGUUUUAAUGUCUCUAGAAAAAAAAACAACCACUGGUCUUGUAAUGUGAAUGUUGUCCAUUUCGUGAAGCUUUUAUCUCCAUAGUACAAACAUAUUUGUGUUUUUUGUCCUGUUACUCUUAGUCUUUUUUUGUGAAUUUUGAUAUCACAUCUUUUUGUUUUCUUUAUUUAUUCAUCACAGUGUGAUGUCUCUGCUGAUUUGUAUGGUGUCUUUAUUUACAGAAUCACAUGUAAGUGAAGGUGGAAGGGUGACUUUUUUUUAAAGAGAUAUUUUAUGAUAUUUUUAAAGGUGGAAAAACAUUAACAUUUCAUUUAACACAGUGUAGUUUAAUGACAGUGGUUGAGCUGCUGUACUACCAGCUGUAGUGCUGAGUGACCACAAUCUUACUGUACAUUUAAGAAAUAAUUAAUUUUAUCCUGCUGGUAACAGGUUAAGAUAUGUAAAACAAGAAAAUACAUAACACUGGAUAAAUCAUUCCCAGUUCAACCUGCUGUAUAACUAUUAAAGAUUUACAUAUUAUCUUUGUGUUACACAUAACACUUGGGUUUGUUGUGUAUCACAAUCCUGCCAAAAAUCCCAAUUGGGGAAAGGUUCAGUCAGCCUAGUUUGGACAGGCAAUGAAAAAAACACCACAGCUUGGUGUGAUAAAGACAGAUUUUAGUUUGUUUUAAUGGAACAUGAAACAUUUAAUGGAAUCAAAAGCAGAUAGAGCAACCUGCACAGAAAAGUUCUAACUGUACAAGGUUAGAAAUUUAACAUUGAUGAUUGCUCCUUUUCUCAUACAAACAACCUGCUGAAGUUGUGCAAAGAUCUUGAUGUUACUCUGUGAACAUGGCGUUAUUACUGUACGUUGUUGUCAUGACUAUGUGCAAUAGUCUGCUUUAUAAAAAUGGGAAAGGUGUGGACCACUUACUUGUGAUUGAAAUGUGUAAAUUGAGCCUUCCUCUUUCUCAGGAGAAUGUUUGCAUUUGCAUGGCAUCCACUUCCUUUAGGCCAAUGGUAGUAGAAUGACUGAGCAACUCUAUUUUUGUUAUAAAAAGGAUGUUAGUAUUCCAAAAACAAAAAUAGUUUUUGUUGCAACAAUCGUAUGAUAGAAUAUUGCUUCCAUAAUUGACAAAAAGUGUAAUAAGUAUUCCUUCAUGAAAUAAUACAGAAUCAUACACUGGUUAAUUCCAUCCUUUGGGGCAUUAAUGUGCAAUAGGCUGCCUAACUGCACCAACACAAUGAUGUGCUUUAAAAAAAAAAAAAAAAAGGGAUGACAUGUUU